ACAUUUCAAUAUUUUCAACGUGUUGUCUACCUAGUACAGCUUCCUUUUAUACAGCACCAUAGGUAUAAAAAGACAAUACGGGAAAAUAAAUGUGCCACCCUAGCAGGAUCAUGCCAUUAUAAAUAAGAUCUGCUUCUCCCUCUCCCCUUUUUCCUUAUUUGUUUACCACUGAGAAAUAUUCUGAACCUGCAAAGUUGAGCGCCUAUUCCUAUAAAUCCUUUUGUUCCUAUCACUGACCGUUUCCCUCUAAUAUUCAGGGAUGCUGAUAUUGACAAACUGAAGGAGUCUUGUAUUCUUAUCUAUUUACACAACUAAAAAGUUGCUCUUCACAUGUGUAACUGCCUUAUAGUUGACAGUCCCAAUUUUGCUGGGACAUUCUUGAGUUUUGAGUUCCUGGCAAAAAUAGGAACCUGUCCCAACUUACCCAGCAAUCAGACCAUUGUACUUUGAUCUCAGCAAAUAUUGGAACUCCACCCACCUAUCACCCAACCCUCACGCGUUGCUGCCUCUGCCUGUCAAGCUCUGAUUUUGCCUGUCUCCUUUCAAUUCCCCUCAAAUACUUCUCCCAUGCAGUAUAAGCAUACUUGGCUUCAAUCUCUAGCCCACAACGACAUACCCCUGCCUCCCCACACCUAAUGCUGUAUCUCUGCCUCCUUAGCUUUUUCCUCUGUGCUCCUGACCCUUUCUACCAAGUCCAUGCUCUCAGUUAAUAAGGUGCUACCUGAUCCUACCUGCUGCUACUGCUGGAAUAAAGAGAGGAAGACACUUAAGGGAGAUAACCUGGCCAAGCAUCAGUUCACUGCCAUCAGCCUCAGUCUAUAUUCAUCUGCUGCAGCCCACUCUCAUUAGCCUCAGCCAACCCUCACCUGCUGUGCCCAGUGUACCCCAGGAAAGACACCCGCCUGCACCCAAAAGAAAUGAUCAGUCAGAUACAAUUGACGAAAUGUUAUAAAAUGGAUUAUCCAGAAAAGAGUAUAUGUUUAGUAUUAAACAUGGAAAACUUUAGCAGUCCAGAAUUACCUAAACGAGAAGGUACAGACAAGGAUGCAAAAGCGCUUCAGAGCACCUUUGAAGAUUUUGGAUUUCAUGUAAAAUUGGAAGAAAACCUGACCUAUGUACAAAUCAAAGCUGUUAUGGAGAAAGUGGCUGCGGAGGAUCACAGUCAGAGAAGCUGCUUUGUGUGCGCUGUGCUGAGCCAUGGCUGUGAAGAUGGAAUAUAUGCACGGGACCGCCUCUUCUCAUUAAAGUGGUUAACUCAAUUCAUCAUUAAGGACAACUGCAAGAGUCUUGCGGGAAAGCCAAAGCUGUUCUUCAUACAGGCGUGCAGAGGAGAGCAAUUUGAUCAAGGUAUUGAGACAGACAGUGGUUUUGAAGCAAAUGAUUCUCUGUUUACUACAGUUGAUCAAGAUUUCUUAUAUGCAUACGCCACACCGCCUGGGUACUUUGCUUGGAGAAAUCUCAAUGGUUCAUGGUUCAUCCAGUCUCUCUGUAAGACCCUGAAAGAAUAUGGAACUGAAUUGGAACUUCUACAAAUACUGACCCGUGUUAACUACAUUGUGGCACGAGAUUAUGAAUCAAAGAAUAGCACAAACAGUGGCAAAAAGGAAAUGCCAUGUGUGGUUACUGGGCUAAUUAAACUACUAUACUUACCAUCUUUUAAGAAAAAAAAAAUGCAACUAAAAAUGCGUAUCUGAUGACAGAGUUCUGGCGGCAGGUAGUUGAUCUGGGUAAAGCUAUACAAAAUAGAGUUUUAGACCUGAUACAAUACAAUUAGCCCAAAGAUGGCUCACUGCCGACAGUGCGUUGAUCUCCCAGGUCAUAGCUCAGUUGAAAGACAACUGCUUGAUGGAUAAAUUAACAGCACAGGUCACGAACACUCAGAAAAACUUUCAAAAGGUGUGGAGUCCAUGGGAAAAGUAUGAUGUGUGAGUCGAUCGAGAGAUUUUAGGGAAGGUGAACAGGCUUUCUAUCCUCUGACAUCAUGGGUUUGUUUUUUAUUAUUUUUUAAUAUUGUUUAUGAUCGCACACAAAUGUUCAUGCAUAAUACUGCCUUAUUUUAUAAUUCAAUUAAUGUGGGCUCGGCACGCAGGGAUGUAGAGCCAAUAUAGACACAAUGUUGAUCCGUUAUGCACUGUUUUUAUAUGUUAACUCACAGUUUUUAUU